AUGGGCGACGAUUAUUCGGAUGUGACUUGGGACACUGCUGGACCGCUAUCUGAACGAAAUCCACUAACAUCACCAACACAAAACCCAAUCCUCUCUCCACCUCAAAACAACCCGUUAUCAACAUCACGACCAUCAAGCGGCUAUGGAGAAACCCACAACCAUACUAGCAGCGCUAAUAAUAUAUCAACACAGGCAUCAUCGAGCUCGAAUAAUAAUGACAAUAACAAGCCACAAACGCUGACUUCGUUUGCUAUUGCUUCGAAAGGUGCUAUACGUGUCACGGUCACUGAUCCACAGAAACAUGGGGAAGGCGGUGGGUCGUAUGUUACGUAUCUGGUUACUACAAAGACGGUCUUGGACAGUUUCUCAGCACCAGAACAAUCAGUCCGUCGACGGUUUACUGACUUCGUGUGGCUGCAUCGCCAGCUACUAGAAGAAUACCCUGCUGUUAUUAUACCGUCGCUGCCUGAAAAGAGGCGUAUGGAGAGCUACGUAACAGGCGACAGAUUCGCUCCCCUCUUCCUCGAACGCCGUCGCGCAUCCCUUCAAACAUAUCUCGACAGACUUGCUCGUCACCCCACAAUACAACGCUCGGGACUUCUCAAACGAUUCCUCGAAGCAUCUGCUAUCGAAUCGUCCAUACUUUCUGAUGUGCAGCCGCCACCUGCAUCGUCGAGCAGUAUACGGGGACGACAGUCAUCGGGCACGUCGUCGACGGGUGUGAUUGAUAACUUGUCGGACACGCUUAUGAAUGCGUUCGCCAAAGUCAAGAAACCUGAUGAGAGGUUUGUGGAAUUGAGGGAUGUUAUUGAGAAAUUUGAGGAGAAUUUGAAGACUGUAGAAAAGUUGACUAAUAAUUUGGAGAAACAUCAGACAGAACAAGAUAUGAUGGAAUUCAGUGGAUGUAUGACGACAUUGGGUAUCAUGGAAACUCAAAUCACGUCUCCACUAAGUGCAUUUGCUGAGACUUUCAAGAAUGUUGCGUCAGUCCUCAAGAAGAAGAUUGAACAUGAAGAGGCAGAUUACUUGAACGCCCUUCAUGAUUACAUAAAUUACUGUCAAAGUGUUAAGGAUGUCCUCAAACUACGAGACCAGAAACAAGUAGACUAUGAAGAGCUCACAGCCUACCAUGCAUCGUACUCAGCAGAACGAGAUCGACUCGUGGCAGGACGAAAUGCCAGUGGCAUAUCAGGUUUCUUCAAGGAACGAUACAGGGAUUUGAGAGGAGUUGAUCAAGAAAAGGCUCGACAUGCAGAGAUUGCGAGGUUGGAGAAUCGGAUUACUGAACUAUCAGACGAAGCACAAAAGGCACAACAUAUAUCAGUAGCAUUCUCAAACGAGGUUGCGAGAGAAGUAGAUUUCUUCCAAUCAGUCAAGGUGUUUGAUUUCAAAGAAAUCAUGACGAAUUAUGCGGAUUCGCAACUCAAGUUUUAUCAAGAGGGAUUCAAAUACUGGGAUGAAUUGAUUCCAAUAUUGGACAAGAUGAAGGCUGAAAAGGUUGUGCCUGAGGUUGCGUCAUGA